CUCAUUCAUUCACAAAACACCAAACCCUAAUUUGAAUUCAGAUCUUCUCUUCUUCAAAAAUGUCAGGCCGUGGAAAGGGAGGCAAAGGAUUGGGAAAGGGAGGAGCAAAGCGUCAUCGCAAGGUUCUUCGCGAUAACAUUCAGGGAAUCACCAAGCCUGCUAUCAGAAGGCUCGCUCGUAGGGGAGGUGUGAAGCGUAUCAGUGGUUUGAUCUAUGAAGAAACUCGUGGUGUUCUCAAGAUCUUUCUAGAGAAUGUCAUCAGAGACGCUGUGACAUACACCGAGCACGCUCGCCGGAAAACUGUUACCGCCAUGGAUGUGGUUUAUGCUUUGAAGAGACAAGGCCGUACCCUUUACGGGUUCGGUGGCUAGAUUUAGUGUUAGGUUAGCCAUUUUCGUAGAUUAUUAUUUGUAAGAUGUAUCGUUUGUGUUCAAUUUCAAUUAAAGCCGAUGUACUCCAUCUCGGAGUUUAUGGUGUUUUCUUGCUAUGAAAUCUCUGUGUUCAUCAA